AUGCAGAAGAACAACAGCAAGGCAUCGACAAAGAGAAGGAUUUACUUUAUGGGCGUCCUUGUCCAGAACGAGAAGAAGGAGCAGAAGCUUAGAACAAUCAAGCAGAUCCAGCCAAUUCCACCGAUUCAGCAGAAACCAAUUGAAAUAAAGGGUUACGAAAAGCUAGAAUCCUUCAUGAAUAGGUAUAAAGACCACAUUCCAAGUGGUUUCAACAUCCUAAGGAGAGGAAAUCUUCCUGGCAUUGAUUUUUCUCAAAUUUCAUGCUGA